AAUAAAGACAAAUAUCGAUCCAACACACCCCGCCCGAUGAUGCCCGGGGAUUACCGAAGAUUCACGAAGCUUACUUCCGAGUGAAGUGGCUAACUUAGCAUGAUAGCAUUAUAAUUUUUCUUCAGGACAAAACACAUUCAUAACGUCAAUUAAAGAACUCAAAACUUUCCAGGACUGCCCCAGGAUCAGUCCACUACUUCUAAUGUUUUGUGAAAUGUAUACGAUGCAUCAACAACGACCUGUUACACUAAUAUGAAGUGAAAAAGUUCUUCAAAUGGUCAAAAAUGAGUCCUUUAAGCUCCGCCUGCAUACCAUAUGUAAAAAGCUUACGUUUUAAAAGUGUUAGCUUUGAGUGAACCACCAGAUUAGACACUCCCACUGAGAGAAGGACACGCACUUCAGGCACAUGUAUGCCUCCUCCUCUUUCCUGAGCAGUGUGACUGUGAGCAGAAGGCAGCUCGAUAGAGUUUAGCAGCAUGCACUGUUUGGCUACUUUAACACAGCAUAGACUUGGACAAGAGGGGAGCAGGCCAUGCAUAAACACACAAGAGAGCAGGGGGAGAUAAUGGUACCCAGCCACUCUUGAGAGCUACAGCUAUCUAUGUUUUUACUACCAGGCUGUCUCUCUUUGAUAUUAAAGAGCACUAGGACUUCAUCUCUAAAAGCUUUCAACUUUUUUGAUUGAUCCAAACUCUUCAACCAAACAUGGGCUGCUCCUCAUCCAGUGCACAGACUGUGGAUCAGGAGAAGAGGCCAGGCACAAAGCCAGAGGAGAGUAAUGGAGACACAGUGGGUCUCAGAAAUGAACUCAACGCAGAAGAUGCACAAACCAUUGAGGACCAAAUGCAGCUGCCCGUGCAGUCUGCCCUACCAGAUGAUCUUCAACCAGGAAGCGAUGAUGAGGUGGAAGCCGUGUUGAUAGCCCUGGAGGCUCAGGAGGAUCUUGGCUGUGGGUUAGACCUUCAGCAAGAACCUACAGAUCUGUCUCCAGAGGCCGUAGCUCUGGUGGAGGAUGCCACUGAACCUGAGGCUGCUGUAGAGGUUGUUGAGGAUCUGCCUGUUGCGGAUGAACCUGCUGCUGAAGGGACUGUGGUUGCUGAGGCUACUCCUGAGGUCGAAGUUCUUGUUGAGUCUACAGAGGAGGUCCCCUCAGCUGAAUCUAGUGUAGAGGUGCAGGCAGAGGUGCAGGCAGAGGCUCCUGCUGCGGUUGAGGAGACCGCUGCAGUCACACCUGAGGUCACCCCUGAAGUUGAAGCCCCUGCUGCGGUAGAGGAGCCGACUGCUGUGGUUCCUGAGGCCUCUCCUGCAGUUGAUGCGCCUGCUGUUGUUGAGGAGACAACUCCUGUGACGUCUGAGGCCUCUCCUGUAGUUGAAGCCCCUGUGGUAGCUGUUGAGGAGACAACUGCAGUCACACCUGAGGUCACUCCUGUAGUUGAAGCCCCAGCAGCUGUUGUUGAAGAAACGGCUGCAGUCACACCUGAGGCCACUCCUGUAGUUGAAGCCCCAGCAGCUGUUGUUGAGGAGACGAGUGCAGUCCCACCUGAGGCCUCUCCUGUAGUUGAAGCCCCGGCUGUUGUUGUUGAAGAAACGGCUGCAGUCACACCUGAGGCAUCUCCUGUAGUUGAUGUUUCUGCUGUUGUUGAGGGAACAACCGCUGUGACACCUGAGGUCACUCCUGUAGUUGAUGCCCCUGCUGUUGAACCUGUCAUAAUUGAGCCAACAGUGGUUAAAGAAGAGGCAGCAGCUGUAGUGAAUGCAGCCCCUGAAGUGUCUGUAGUGGCUCCAACUGACAAUGUUGCAUCACUUCCUGCCUCAACAGCACCGUGUGAAUCCAGAGAACCAGCUGAAGCUGUUGCACCAACACCAAGUGAUGCUCCAGCGCUAGAUGAGCCAGCAGCUGCAACUGAAGCCGAAGCGCCAGUUGAGGUUUUACCACAGAGUGAAGUCUCAGCACCUCUACCAGUAGAAUCGUCUAUAAUAGAUCCAAUGAUUGCUGUUGCAACUAUUCCAGAAAUGCCUCCGUUAUCUCCAGUCAAGCCCCAAGCUGAGCCUCAGACCUCUCUUGAAGAUGCAACAGUACCUACUGGGGCCGCUCCAACAGCUGAGGUACCCAGCCACACUGAAGCCAUUCCUGCUGGAGCCGAGCCAAUCAAGGGGGCGGAGGUUCCAGAAACUAAACCAGCUAGUGUAGAAAUCUCUUCAGAUGCUCCUGCACCCGCACUUAAAGUCGAGGAGUCUGCAUCUGAGGCCUCACAGAACAAAGAGAAAGAGAAAUCAAAAAAGGAGGAUUAAUAUGAGAAGAGUCUUACAAAAUCUCAAAAUCCAUACAGCUACCAGAAACUGGAAGAAAACAAGAACAAGUAACAAACACUAAACAGUUUAAUAUCCUUAUUGUCAGCAAUAAAGAAACUGUUCACCAGGUACAUUCAUAUGCAAGAAGCCUUAAACACAUUUUUUCCUACUUUUGUAAAGAUGAAUCUGUAUAAGCUGUUUAUUGAGCCGUAUGUUCCUGGAACCACAGAGUGAGGCCUGGAACCACAGAGUCAGGCCUUUGCAAAUCAAGUGAUAUUAGCUCCCUGAGAGUACACAUGUGUUGACAUACUAACAUAAUCUGUUACAAAGAUUGCAGUUUUAGGUUCAUAGUCUGAAUCAUGUUUACACUUUAUUUUGAUUUCAGCUUUCUCCAGUUUUAACUUCAUUCAAAGAAAUGACAGCACUAAAAGCAUAACAUGAGCUGUUUUCAUACAUGCACUCCGGAAAGUUCCUCUAAAGUUUCAGGAGCUCUGCCCCUAAAAUUCACCUGACUUGACUUUACAUGUCCCCUCACGUCAGGAAGUCCUCCCUGGCAGACCUCUGGAGACUCAUCGUGACCUCAAAUAGAUACGGCAGUAGCCAGGGUGUAAUCUUUAGCAAUCUUACCCAAGAUAGAAACUACUGAUACUUCAUUUUACUCUCCAUAUGUUAUGAUUUACUUUAUAGUUCUUUUUUUGUUUCCCUUUCACCUCUGGAAAAUGUGUCUGGUCAUAAAUUCACUGCUUGUUAUUGUCAAUGGUUAUGUUAAUUUAAAAAAAGAUGGCAGAUGAAGACCGUCGUAUGCUACCAUCAAUCAAGAAAUGAGUGAAAAAGAUUAUACUGGAGAGGAGAAGCGAGGAAAAGACAGUCUUACUUUGAUGUUAUUUUCAUCCAUUACGUGUCACUCUUCCAGCUUCACACCAAUGUUCUACCAAAUAUUGUUUCCUAUCUAAGUGUGCUGCUAAAUGGCUCUGCACAUGCAUGGAGCCAGAAUCCUGGGCACCUGGAUUUUGUAAUAGAAGAUCAAAAACAUGCUCUCCUCACUGAGAUGAUGCAAAUGUAGAGAGAAGUGGUGUGAUGUAAAGUGAUUGUAUGUUGGGAGCAUUCUUCUUCUUACAUUUAUGACUUAAAAACAUUCAUCAAGUCACGCUACAGUAGCACUACUUAGCAUUAACAAGCAGCUAACUUCAGAAAAAACAGCUGCAUGGUAUAAACAUUGUCUCCCCCUCCUGCUCGCUCUCAGAGAAUUUCCCUGAAGUUUUCUGCGUAUCUCUCACAUGAGUUCAAUCCAACUGUACCCCGAAGUUUUCAGGAACGUUGUGCAUGUUUGAAAAUGGAGUUAGUGUGCACUGUAAUACUGAUCAACAUUACUGAGAGUCAAACUCAUGUUUCCUUGUUUCAUUUAAAUGGUUAUCAAACAAAAUGAUGAUAAAAAUGUAUUUUUGUGAGCACAAGAGUUCAGGUGAACAAGCCAAAGGUUCAACAUGACAGAAUGAGUCAUUCUCAGGCAAGGAUGAUCUAAGUACUGAUAAUAUGUCACCUUGAACAAGUGUACUGCUAUCUUCGUGAAAUUAUUACCUAUAAAAACUACCUAGUACAUGUGAUUUUUAAAACCUAAGUACUACAUGCUUGUUUGAAAUGUAGAGUUGAUUAAACGUUAUCUUGUGCAUGGUGUAAUGGAAGUUUUGGGGAAAAGAUUGUCUAAACUUUUUUCUUUUUUUCUAUUUCUGUCUGUCUUUAUUUCUCUUUGUAUUUUGUAUUAUUUUAUCUGGGCUUUGUCUACAAUUCUCUUUACUUUGUACAGAAUAAAGUUGUACACACUAA